AUGAGAUCCGGACAAUUUUGGACGUUUGGAAUCUUGGCAGCGCUGAUCGCUGGAGCAACAAACGCUAUACCUAUAGAAAUUCAAGGGAACACUCAGGAUAUAAAAUGGAAUGCGUUUCAGGUUUUACUUCAAAUAGGCGGUAUCAUUGCAACGUGUUUCCCUUUGUCGGGUUUAGCAGGCAUCGGAAUACCUCUGUGUGCGCUAACAACGCUAGCUGCCUUUUCCACUAUGGUGGGAUUGAUUUUGAAAAUAUUUGACGGCCUGAUUGCGAAGGACGGUCAGUUGCUACCACAGGUUAUUAUGUUUCUGCAGAGCAUUGGCGUGCGUGUGCUUGGACAGGAAAAUUCUAUCACAACAAUGGAUGCACCUAAGACGUUGGAGUGGUCAAAUUGGGCCAAUUCCACCACUGCUGCUGAGCUGCGUGACAUCGGAGCCUCCAUUGAAUUCACGCCGAUGAAUGUCACAAACUCGCUGGGAGAAGCACGUCUCAACUACUGUUUUUCGUUUACGGUUGACGAAGCUGCCGGCUCACAUCCUCUCGAACCUUACCGUUCUUCAAUAUGUGCAUCUGAAUUUGCCAUCUCUAAUAUGGUCGAUACCAAAUUCGACAAGGCACCUUCAAAAGUGAUGGCCCUAGCUAUGCGUCCUCUCAAAAAAUUCAAAAUAUAUGAGGACUACGUUCAAGCUUACGAUUUGGUUCAGAGUCUCCAUUUUGUUUUCGGUUGCCACACCGAGGAGUUCCUGACCAAGUCUUUGGAUCUUGUUCAAAAUCUGAACCAAGGUUAUCCAGAUCAGCGCGAAUAUGGAUUCGAGAUUAUCCAUCAGAUUGAUGGGCGACAAGAACCUUUCUUUCAGAUUGAAAUCGCGAAAAGAAACCUUCUAUAA